GGUUGGGGUCAGUUGAGAAUUGCAUUAGAACCGGAAAGAUGCGCCUAACACUAUUGCUGCUGAUAAUUGUGGGAGCCGUCUGCCUGAGCGUGGGCUAUGGCCAGCCACUGGAGGAUGAUUCAGUUAAGGAUAACAAUAACGAGUUAUCUCUGCUAAGUCUGGCCGAUCAGGGCGAUCAACAUGGAAACGAAGGCGCUCGUGAGGCUCGUGCGUUUGGAUAUGGACGUGGAGGAUAUGGCCGUCGUGGCUUUGGAUAUGGAGGAUUUGGCCGUGGUGGCUAUGGAUAUGGAGGAUUUGGUCGUGGUGGCUUUGGUCGUUAUGGCUAUGGCCGCUAAUCUGGCGAGAAUUUACAUAUACUAUUAUACCACAAAAAUAUGUAUAAUGUAACACAAUCUGAACAUGUUUGAAA